AUGGCGAGCUCGACGUCGGCCACGGCUCGAAGGCAGUCGACCGCCCCCACGGCUGCGGUCGCUGGCGCUGCUGGCGCUGCUGGCGCUGCUGGCGCUGCUGGCGCUGCUGGCGCUGCUGGCGCUGCUGGCGCUGCUGGCGCUGCUGGCGCUGCUGGCGCUGCUGGCGCUGCUGGCGCUGCUGGCGCUGCUGGCGCUGCUGGCGCUGCUGGCGCUGCUGGCGCUGCUGGCGCUGCUGGCGCUGCUGGGGCCUCAACUGCAUCGACCCUGAACAAUGGGGCGAUUCCUUCCUCCUCGAUGACCAUAACCGGCACCGCGAGUGCUUCGACCCAUGCACCUGCGCUCGGUGGAUCGACCUUUGGCCCGGCCGCCGGUGCAGCGCUGGCCGGGCAGGAGUUUGAACAGGUCGCCGCCAAGCUGUCGGACCCCGGACUCGGUCAGUACAUCCACCACUGGUCCCGUGGUUUGAUGUGCCCUAUAGGACAUGUCAUCGCCGUCUCCUCUCGACUGCGACUGACGCCUUGAAACACGUUCUCAUCGAGACAGAUUCAAAGCACAAGAUCAAUAUCGCAACCGAGCUGAGGGACAGCGUCGAUAUGUAUCAACGUGACAUGGACGUCGCUCGCUUUUUUGACACACUUCUACCCUGUUUCAUCGACAUCCUUUCCCACGGCAAGCCCUCGUUCGCCGGAGCUUCAACCGAGAAUGUGAGUCGUAGGGCGCCCGUGGCCCUGGCUAAGCUUCUUCGGUCGUUUCACUGGUUGACCACUGGUUCCGAUUCCGUCUCAACUACUCGUCACAUCAAUCCAUCAAAAAGCGGCUUCGGAACCUACUUAUACAAAUACUGCAUCGUCUGCCUCACGUCGAGCCACUCCGGUCCCAUGCGCCCCCGCUCAUGAUCCUUCUCCUCAAAUUACUGCGCAUCGAGAACGAGGACAACGCCGUGUUGUGCAUGAAAGUCAUCAUCGACCUGCAUCGUACCUACUCUCGCGGGCCCCACCCUCUCGCGAGUGGCGCCAUCUCGGGUCAGGACUCAAUGCCCGAUCCGACCGCCGUCAAAAUCGAGGCCUCGGUCGACGAGUUCCUCGGGAUCGUUGCCGACUUGUUCAAAGGCAUGGGCGCCGUCGUCGACGAGACAUUCUCAUCCGAGACCGCUGGGUCCAAAGAGGCAAGCUCGCCCGCCGCGGCUGCACCCCCCACGAUCGAGGGACCUGAAGGGGGCGGAGCCGGGGCCGUCAUCCAUGCCCCGGCGAUGAAGUCAUUCAAGCUGCUGCAAGACUGCCCAGCUGCGAUCGUCUUCAUCUUUCAAACGUACCGCUCCUACGUCGAUAAAGCAAUCACCAUUUUUGUGCCCCUCGUCUUCGACUUUCUGCAGCUCCAGGCGGCGCCGCAAGCGCGGAAGCACGCCAGUAUGGAGCCGGGCAAGAGUUGGGUCGGCACAUGCCCCGAGAUUCCCAAGGCGAAGCGCGGGGCGUUCCAGGAUAUGGUCUUGGCGCAGACCAAGGUAGGUAGUACACAACCCUCUCUCAUCAAAUGCCACUGGAUGCUUCUUGCUGAUAACUUAGUCUCACCUCUCCAUUACCCAGACUAUGUCGUUCCUUGCCUACAUGCUGCGAGUGUCGCAAAGCGCCCUUUCGUCCUAUCUCAACAUCCUCCCUGACAUCGCCGUCCGCUUGAUGAAGGAUUGCCCAUCCGAGGCGGUGGCGAUGAAGCGUGAUCUCGUUGUUGCAACCCGUCACAUCCUCCAGAGCGAGCUGCGGUCCGCGUUCCUCGGUCAGAUCGACACGUUGCUCGACGACCACGUCCUCGUCGGCAACUCGGUCACAGGCUACGAAUCGUUGCGCCCUCUCGCCUAUUCGAUGCUGGCUGACUUGAUCCACCAUGUUCGCAGCGAGCUGUCGCUGUCGCAACUGUCGCGUAUCGUCCACACUUAUUCGGCCAACAUCCACGAUCCGACCUUGGCCGCCGCGAUACAGACCAUGUGCUCCAAGCUGCUGCUGAACCUCAUCGAGCCAAUCGCAACCAAAGAACCGAGCGAGGCCAUCAAGAUCCUACAGCGCAUGCUCAUCGCUUUCGUGUCCAAGAUCGAGGCGCUCGCCGAAGUCCGGGACGAAUGGAGCAAGUGGUCCAAACCGCGCGAACCGCUGCCGCACCUGUUGGCCAGGAUCGAGAAGUUGCGCGGCGAGCGCAAGGAGUCGAUCGAAGCGAGCGCCGUGUCCAAAACCGCGCCUCCCACGGCACUCAAGGGCAAGGGCAAGUCGAAGGGCAAGAGCAAAGGGAAGGAGAAGGAAGCCGCGCAGAUCGCUGACGCUACGGAUGCCAUGAAUUACGAUGACGAUGCCGCUGCUGCUCGGGCGAAGCUCGAAGGAGGUGACGAUAAGGAGAAGGAUGAGGACGGCGCAGGCGAGGACGUGCCGAUACCAGAGCUGGACGACGUGGAUAUCGAGCGGUCGAAGCCGAUGAAGAAGGCUAUGAUCAUGACAGAUCCUGGGCCGGAUCCUAUCAAGGGUGAGUCGAGUUUGAGAGAGCAAACAAUUACUUUUAUUCGGCAGUCGCUAACAGGCUUUCCUGCGUCGCCGCGCCUUUCGUCCCAUCGCUGCUGUCCACAGACGCACGGUUUCUGUUCAGGAACCUCCUCUUCGGCUUCAAGACGAUCACCAGCGCGCUCAUCAAGCUCGAAGGCAAAGGUCCGGACGCAGAGAUGAUGUGUCGCUUCUUCCGAGCCUCCGUCAAGUGCAUGGUCCUCUUCGACUCUUCUCGCGAUCAAGGUCGCGAGCAGAAGGAGGUCAUGGAGGUCUUCAGCUCGACGCUGAUUCAGAUCGAGCUUGUCAUCCUCCAAGAAGUGAUCGAGCAUUGCAUUGGCUUCUUCUUCACCGAGUUGAUUCGGGUGAGUGUCCCUCAGGUUCUACUAUCCGGAAUAGACGUCAACCCCCAGCGAGCUCGCGGCUGACUUCGGAAGUUCUUUCAACACACACUUUAGAACCACGAGCUUCUCGUUAUACCGCAAACGCUUUUGUCGAACGAGAUGGUUUCGCAGCACUUUGUCGCGAUUCUCUUCCGAUUCCUCGCAUCGAGACUUCCAGAUCUCGGCAAAGCGGGCAAGGAGUACAAAGAUUACAUGUCCGUCACUCUGCGGCUGUACAAGAUGUCGUUCAUGGCGGUCACAAUUUUUCCCGAGAAGAACGAGCCCGUUCUGCUUCCGCACCUCUCGAACUUGAUCAUGAAUUCGCUCAAGCUCGCCAGCCAGGCCGCGGAACCCCACGCCUACUACCUGUUGCUGCGCGCUCUCUUCCGCUCGAUUGGAGGUGGCCGAUUCGAAAUCUUGUACAACGAAGUGCUGCCGUUGCUACAGGGCCUGCUCGAACAGCUGAACGCGUUGCUCAAAGCGGCGGACAAGUCGAAGAAGGAUCUCUUCGCCGAGCUCAUCCUGACCGUGCCCGUGCGGCUUUCGGUGCUUUUGCCGUACUUGUCUUUCCUGAUGCGGCCACUCGUGCACGCACUCCGCGCGAGCUCCGAACUCGUCAGCCAAGGCCUUCGCACGCUCGAGCUGUGCGUCGACAACCUGACGCAAGAGUUUCUUAACCCUCUGAUGACACCGGUGAUCGACGAAGUGAUGGUCGGCCUUUGGGAACUGCUCCGCCCUUUGCCCUUCAACCACCAACACGCUCACACUACGAUGCGCAUCCUCGGCAAGAUCGGAGGUCGUAACCGUAAAGGUUUUGGCCCUCCCAAGCUCGAGUGGAAGCCGGUUGGACCCGAAGCUCUGCUCAACGUCAAAUUCGAAGGCAAGGACGCGAGCCUGCAUAUUGCCCCGAUCGUCAAUGUCGCCGUGCGCAUGCUCGGCCGCGGCGAUCCCUACUAUCGUCGUGCUGCCUACUCAUUUCUCAAGUACGCUGUCGCUAUCUUCCUUCGCAACGGUCUACCUGCCGGACAACCAGAGGAAACCUUCGGCCAGAUCUUGAAAGGUCUAUUCGAUGCAACACGGGUCGAAGAAUUCGCUGUAGAGGCGAACGAUUAUGUCUUCAAUCUUGCGCGCCACAUCUUUUCUCUCGAGCUCGGAAAGGAAUUGCCAGAAAAUCCUGCCUACGCCAAGCAAGUGUUGCCUCUGUGCUCAGCCCUCCUCGACGGCAUCAUCGAAAACAUCUGCGGCGUGGAGAAUGCCGACCUGCCCAAGGCUGCCGAGCAGACGCAACGAAUCGUUGAAGAUCUCAUUGCGACUCGCGACCCUGGCACGACCACGGCGUCCUCCGCCGCCGCUGCCACUGCCUCGGCGAACCCGACGACGGGGCCACCCCGCCUUGACCCGGCAACGGCGUUGUUGCAUCAGCUUGGCAGUCGCCUUUCGUCCCUGUGCUACGAUCCUUCGUGGCAGCGCAAGACGGGCGCCGCGAUGGGUCUUUCGAUCCUGACCGACAAAGUCGGGCUGGAGACACGGUGGAUGUUGGACCACGAGAUCGAGUUCACGCGCGCUCUCUUGUUCAGUCUGAAGGAUAUGCCUGGCGAAGCCCCCAUCAACCACGAGCUCGUGUCGGAUACGCUACUGCACAUUGUCCGCGUCUGUUCAGGCCCCGGCGCGCGCGAGAACACUCCGGCGUCUAACAAUCAGUUGAACUAUCUCGUCGGCUUGCUCCUGCUCGAGCUUUGUAGUCAGAUUUCGAGUGUGCGAGAGACGGUCAAGAAGGCUCUCAAGAUCUUGUCCGAACUGACUUCGACGCCGCUGACGGAGUUAUUGAUGCCGGUUCGGGAUCGGCUGAUUACGCCUAUCUUCACCAAACCGUUGCGUGCGCUCGGCUUCAUGAUGCAGAUCGGGCACAUAGACGCUGUUACAUUCUGCAUCACUCUCGACCCUCCGUUGAUCGACUUCGACGAGCAGCUAUCUCGAUUGCUGCACGAGGCGCUCGGCAUCGCCGAUGCGGAGGAUGCUGCCUUGCUGGGAGGCAAGAUGACGACGAAGACCACGGCGCCAUUGACGCAGUUGCGGGUCGUGUGCGUCGAGUUGCUUUCGGCUGCGUUGUCGAAUCCCGAGUUCAACAAGCCGCAACACCAGCCCACUCGACUGAAGGCACUCUCGGUCUACUUCAAGCUGCUCUACGCCAAAGCGCCCGAGGUCGUCGACGCGGCAUGCGAAAGCCUCAGGCAGGUCAUGGCGCAGCAAGGCAAAUUACCAAAAGACCUCUUGCAAUCAGGGCUGAAGCCUGUACUGGUCAACCUGGCGGAUCACAAGAAGUUGUCGGUCGCGAGUUUGCAGGUAGGUCUUGCCAGGGUUUACGAGUCUCUGUGGACUUUCCGGACUGACGAUAAGGUUCCGAUUCUUCCCCGCGCCCGAUCCUAAAUGCAGGGUCUUGCUCGUCUUCUUCAGUUGUUGACGAACUACUUCAAGGUCGAGAUCGGUCACAAGCUCAUCGAUCAUUUCAAGGCACUUGCAACGCCUGCCGAUCUCCAACGCCUCUCGACGAAGCAAUCGUCCGAAGACGGGGUUCUGGAGAUCAUGGCUGCGAUCAUCAACAUUUUUCACCUCUUGCCGCAUCCGGCGGCGAACAUCUUCAUCGAAGCACUUGUUACCCUUGUCGCAGACGCAGAGCGGCAGCUUAAGAAGCUCAAGACGAGCGUCUUCACGGUUCCUUUGACCAAGUACCUUCGCUUGUACCCGGGCGAAGCUGUUCAGUUCUUCUUUGCGCGACUCGCCGACGCUCGCUUCGUCACCACGUUCCGCGCUGUCAUCGCCUCGGAGCUUUCGGAACCGAUCCGGGACCAGAUCACUUCGGGAGUCAAUCAGCUGUUCAUCUCAUCGUUCGAAUCUGAGGGUGACGUCGGGUAUCAUGCUGCCUUAGUCAUGCGCGAACUGAUCGAGAUCGACCGAACGUGGAUCGUCAAAUGCUCGGGUGUGCUUGGCCAAUUAAUCACUCGCUGGGUCUCGGACAUUCGACGCCAGCGGCUCGCGGCCGAGGGUGAUGCACAUUUCCAACAACUGCGCGAGGACGCCGUUGUUCUGGACAUCUUCAUCGCGUAUCUUGAACAGGCGGAGCACAUCGACCUUCUGUUCCAUGUCGUCGACGCCUUCACUUUCUGGAACUCGGCCAACCUCACCGUCUUGACGCGAUUCCUCAACCAGCACGUCGCUCUGAGCCAUGAUGUAAAAUUCAAGCGGGCAAUCCUCGAUCGCUUCAUUGACAUCUUCGAGAAUCCAGCGGUGGCCAAGGCGCACAAGACGGCCGCGUUACGCAUGCUCACGAAUCCGAUUUUGCUUAUCUCGUCGUCCCGAGGUGCUGGCGAGAACAACCUGAUCGACGGGGAUUUCAUCAACAAGGUCCACGCCAAGGUAUGGCAACCGCUGUUGACGACCGUACCCGACUUGACAACCUUUGAGGACGAAGCACUUCGGGUCGAGCUAUGCCACAUGUCAACGCUUUUGAUCAAAUCCUACUCACAUUUGGUUCUUGACAACAAGAAGGACGUCAUCAAAUUUGGCUGGGUUACAAUCAAACUUGAGGACAUCACCGUGAAGCAAGCAGCAUAUGUGCUUAUCGCGUCCUUCCUCGAGCGUUACGAGUCGCCGGGCAAGAUCGUUGUCCAAAUCUAUGUUGCGCUUCUAAAGGCCCACCAACCCGAGGCUCGCGCCCUCGUUCGUGAAGCACUAGACAUUCUGGCCCCGUCUUUGCCCAAACGGAUGGGUCCCGGAGUUGGCGCCGGGCCGGCUUCCGUCGCGGCUGACUCGACAUACUGGGCGAAAUGGACGCGCAAGAUCCUGGUCGAGGAUAGUGGUAGCAUGGCUCUGCUCGUCAAUAUCUAUCAACUCAUCGUCCGACAUCCUGAUCUGUUCUACCCUACGCGCGAGCUCUUCGUUCCACAUAUGGUCGCUUCGCUUGCCAAAUUGACGCUCAGUUCCACGACGACCUCUGAUACGCGCGUCCUCACCCUGGACGUCAUUGAGCUCAUUCUCAAAUGGGAGAAGAAGCGGAUCGAAGCGGCCAAGCUCGAAGAGAUGACCAAAAUGGAAGUUGAUGCGGACUUGACCGAUGUCGUUGCGGGCUCGCCAAAGAGGACAGGCAAGGACCGCGCGGGUUCGACUGCGCCCUCUACCACCAGCACUUCUGAUCGCACAGGUGGUUAUGCCGUUCCCGUCGUUCUGCGUGACCAAGUCAUCAACAAUCUGCUGCGAUUCAUCGCCAACUCGCCGGAGGCAUUCCUGCGUAAUAACUUUGUCGCGCGCGCGCUCGUUCUGCUCAAGGAGCUCGUUAGCCCUAAUGUGUGGAACGAUCUGCAUGUCAAGCUCGCCUUCUUUCAACGCACCUUCGCCGGCGUACAGACCGACGUUCCGGAGCCUACGCUCAUCACGCUCUGCAACUCGGCCGAGGUGUUGAACGUCGUCUCUCUGCACAAGUCGCCCGACUGGUAUAUCUCGAAUAUCGCGACGCUGCAGCUCAUCUUCGAUAAGGGAUAUUCGAUCGUCGCUAUGCCUUCCCCAAGCAAAUCCAUCCCUGGCCAGCCGUUGGGAGCACCAAGUAUGGUGAUCAACGAGAUGCGUCUGCAGACUGCGUUGCGACCAGUUCUCGAGCGCACCUUCGACGCGCUUCCCAGGGGCGUCGGCGGCGAGGGAACCGAGGCAACGCCCGAGGUCGUCGCCUUCUUUGAGUGGGCGAGGAACAUGAUCAACAAAAACUUGGGCACGAUCACGCAGAUGCCCCCGACAAUGCUUGUGCUUCAGGCCUGGGCCAAGGCGUCCCCCGAGUGCGUGGAUGAGUUUAUCUCCCUCAUCGCUCGAGCGUGUGCCAAGUACACCAAGGACCAUGUCGUCAGCACUUCUACAGCACCAGUUCCAGGCGACCCCACGCUUCGCCUCCUCGUCUCGAGCCUGGAGCUUCUUCGCCAGCGCGUUUCUCAUCUCGGCGAGCAUCGCCGUUGGUUACUUAGCUCGAUCGUCCAGCUCGUCGAGAAGUCCAACAAUGUCGAGCUUUGCCGAUUCCUGCUCCAGAUGACGCGCAAGUGGGUGACCGAUCACGAUGAGCCGUUUCCGACCAUGAGGGAGAAAGCCGGCAUUUUGCACAAGAUGAUGGCGUACGAGGCACGGGGGAACGAGCCAUUGCACCGCGACUAUCUCUCACUGAUCCUAGACAUCUACUCGAAUCCAGCACUUGCGCGCUCCGACCUGACAAUGAAACUCGAGCCCGCCUUCCUCAUGGGAUGCCGUGCACGUGAUCCGGUCAUGCGGUCCAAGUUCCUCGGCACAUUCGACGGCAGCCUCGCCACAUCUCUCUUCAGUCGCUUACACUACAUACUUGGAGUCCAGAGUUGGGAGCCCCUAGGCGAUACCUACUGGAUCCAUCAAGCUCUCGAUUUGCUUCUCGGCAGUGUCGAUCCCGACGAGCCGCUGUUCGUGGCGUCGUCUCCAAAAUCGGUCCUGAACGCGAUGCCCGAUGCAACGAUGGACACCGAUGAUUCAUCCCCACCGCCUUUCGUCGAAGUGUUGAGCUCCUACACUUCUGGUAUGCUCCUGGGCGCCGCCCGCAAGAUUCUUUAUGCCGAUCCGCAGGCUACGCACGCGCUUUGGAUAUCGACGUUCAAGACGAGCUGGGCCUGCCUUAACCGUCGCGAACAUCUUGAUCUCACCCGACUCAUUGUUUCGCUCAUCACCAAGGAGUAUCAUCUCAAGAGCAUCGACCGCCGUCCAAACGCAAUUCAGACGCUGCUGGCGGGUGUACUUGCUUGUUCGCCCGCGCCGACACUACCUCCCCAUGUUGUUCGUUAUCUCGCCAAAACCUUCAACGCCUGGCACACAGGUCUCGAGCUUCUUCAAGAGACGCUGGAAAAUCCGAGGGAGGAGGACAGCGUGCGCGAAAUGACUCUGGAUGCGUUAGCCGAGACCUAUAGCGAGCUAAGCGAAGAUGAUCUACUCUACGGACUCUGGCGUCGACGUGCGAGCUACAAUGAGACCAACGCUGCAAUCAGGUCAGUCAAUGGUACGCGAGUAUCCGAGUCUGCUGGUCAGUGACUGAUCUGCCCUACUUUGUGCCUGGCAGUUGGGAGCAGAUCGGCCAAUGGGGACAAGCUCAGGUGCUGUACGAGUCGGCCCAGAUCACCGCUCGGAGUGGAGUCCAGCCUUUCACCGAGAGCGAGAUGGCUCUGUGGGAGGAUCACUGGAUCGUGACGGCACAAAAGCUGCAACAGGUGAGUCGACGACGGACUCUGUUUUUGUCGGAUCAGUGCCACUUUCUGGCACUUGCUCAUGCCCUCUUCACGCCUUGUGACCUUGUGCGCAGUGGGAUGUCCUCAUGGAUCUUGCCAAAAACGAGGGCAACAAGGAGCUGCUCCUCGAAUGCAGCUGGCGUCUCACGGACUGGAACGUCGAGCGCGAUUUCAUCGAACAAACACUAAGCUCGAUGUCGCCGAUCGCCACGCCUCGACGUCGCGUCUUUGAGGCCUACUUGGCGCUCUUGCGCGCCUAUCCCAAGGGUGUCAACAAUGAUGGCUCGGCCAAAAAAGCGUUCGCAAAGCUGUGCGACGAGGGGAUCCAGCUGUCGCUUCGCAAAUGGUACUACCUGCCCGAGGCGGUGUCGCAAGCGCAUGUGCCGCUGUUGACGAUCUUCCAACAGUUCGUGGAGCUGCAAGAAGCAAAUGCUAUUUUCGCCAGCCUCUAUGCUACCGACGCUGCGAACCUCGAUCAACGCUCGAACGAACUCAAGACGAUCCUUGGGACUUGGCGAGACCGACUUCCGAACCUCUGGGACGACAUCAAUGUGUGGAGCGAUCUCGUUGCUUGGCGCCAACACGUGUUCCAAGCCAUCAACGCGACGUACUUGCCUCUGGUUCCGCAGGCCGCCCCUGGUCAGCCGCAGAAUGCGAGCUCGUUCGCUUACCGCGGCUUCCACGAGACGGCCUGGAUCAUUAACCGGUUUGCGCAUGUCGCUCGCAAGCAUCAUCUCAACGAGGUCUGUAUCACCUCGCUGACGAAGAUCUACACCCUGCCCAACAUCGAGAUUCAAGAGGCUUUCCUCAAGCUUCGCGAGCAGGCCAAGUGCCACUAUGCGAGUGUCUCCGAGCUCGCGUCAGGUCUCGAGGUCAUCAACAACACAAAUCUCAUGUACUUCAAUGCGUCGCAAAAAGCCGAAUUUUUCACCCUCAAGGGCAUGUUUUUGGCAAAGCUGCAUCUGCACGAGGAAGCGAAUCAGACAUUCAAUCUCGCCGUCUCCAUGGAAAUGGCCUUCCCCAAGGCCUGGGCCGAAUGGGGCGAAUAUCACGACCGCAUGUUCAAGGAGAACCCCACCGAUCUCGGCAUCGCCAGCAAUGCCGUCUCGUGCUACCUGCAGGCCGCCGGAUUGUACAAGAGCGCCAAGGUCCGCAAGUUGCUUGUGCGCAUCUUGUGGCUGCUCAGCCUUGACGACGCGCAAGGCACGAUCUCCAAAGCAUUCGACAGCUACAAGGGCGAGGUUCCUACGUGGUACUGGAUCACGUUCAUACCUCAGCUACUGCUGUCGCUGUCCCAGCGAGAGGCACGCUAUUCUCGGGUGAUCCUCUUGAAGAUUGCGAAGGUUUUCCCACAGGUCUGUCGCUGCUGCCCUCGUUUGCCCUAGCUCGGAGAUAUUUGCGGAUGCUGACACUCUCACUGGUACACAUCCGUUGCCAGUCGCUGUUCUUUCAAUUGCGUACGGCGCGAGAAGAUCUUUCGAUGCCGAAGCGGCAGCACAUGGCCGCUCACAUCCAAGCCGUUCAAGCCCAACGAAUGAACGAGGCACGAGCGGCGGGUCUCGAUGCCGAAGCCACCGCUGUACUUCGCAACGAGCCGAUUCCAGCGCCGACGCCGUUGCCGAACGGGCCUAGGCAUCCGUGGGAGUAUGUCGAUGAAAUCAUGUCUAUCUUGAAGACGGCUUUCCCACUUCUAGCCCUUUCAAUGGAGAUGAUCGUCGAUCAGAUUUCCACUCGAUUCAAACCGACACCCGACGAAGAUAUUUUCCGCCUCAUAAGCGCUCUCCUCGCCGACGGUCUGCAGCAGUUCCUGGCGCGUGCCGGCAUGCCCAAUGACGAUGGAAAGCUUGCGGCGCCCACAAUAUCAAACGUCACUCGCUUUGCCGAGAAUCUCCAUCCUCCUACCAUCAAAGAGAGCUUUGUACAGGAUUUCCUCACCUCGGAACCGACGCUCGCUCAGUAUGUGCAGAGGCUCCAGAGAUGGCGCGACCGGUAUGAGGGCAUGCUUGACAAGAAGGCCAAGAAGGCCAAUCUCGAAGCUGUUUCGCAUUGGCUGGUCGAGUUCCAGUACCAGAAGUUUGACGAAAUUGAGGUCCCGGGGCAGUAUCUCAUGGUUGGUCGCGUCCUCCUUUGCCUUGGUGUCUGCGCUUGGGACGAAAGCUCAUAGAUACCGUUCUACUCAACUUUGCCAUCUGUAGCACGAGGACAACAACGGCAACUUCGUGCGUAUCAGCCACUUUGCAAACAAAUUUGACGUCACCCGCUCUCACGGCAUCUACUUCCGCCGUCUGACGAUUCUCGGCCACGAUGGCAGCACGCACCGCUUCGCGAUCCAAGUACCCUCCGCUCGCACGUCGCGUCGAGAAGAACGCAUCAUGCAACUUUUCCGCAUGCUUAACUGUCCUCUGGCGACACGGAAGGAGAGCCGUAAGCGCAACCUCGCUUUCAAUAUCCCCAUCGUGGUCCCGCUUGCGCCCAAUGUACGCUUGGUCGCGAACGACGCCUCCAUCACGAGUUUGCAGGACAUUUUUGAGCAGCACUGCGAUUUGGCCGGAAUCAAGAAGGAGGACCCGAUUCUUGCGCACACGGAGCGCGUAAGGGCCCUUCAUCAUCACGAUCCUCCCCUCAGUGUGAGUAUUGACGAGUGCAGUUCUGGUUUCUCGUGUUCUCGCAGACCCUUGCUGACGGACUCUCCGACGGCCAUUCAUUUCCACACCACAGCGAACCGAGCUGUGGAAUGCGCGUCAAGAGAUCGCUGAAGAGAUUGCUCUCAAGAUGGUCCCAGAUGACAUUCUUAAGAAAUAUAUGAUCCGAUCGAUGGCCAGCUCGAGCGAGCUGUGGCAUAUUCGUCGGGAGAUGACGCUCCAGAUGGCGGCGUUCAUCUUUAUGACUUAUGUCAUGUCGAUGGGCGUGCGUUUGCCGUCGCGCAUUCAUAUUUCUCGCUCGUCGGGCAAGCUUCUCACUUCGGACAUGUUGCCCUGUGCGUUGCGGCGUGCGCUCUAGUCUCGGAUGGCGGGUAGAAAGAGAAACCACGAGCUGACCUCCUUCACCUCUGCAGCGAUCAUUCCUACCAAGCCUGAGUUCUUCAACAAUGAAGCAGUGCCAUUCCGCUUCACGCCAAACUUCCAGAGGUUCAUCACCCCCAUCGGUACCGAGGGUCUUCUGACUAGCUCAAUGAUGGCGAUUGCCAGGUGCUUGACCGAAUCGGAGGUAAGUCAAGAGGUCACCAAGAAUACUGCCAAUGUUCGUCCGCUACAGCCGGGUGGGCUUCCUGCUGACACUCCCAUUUUUCCCUGUGUGUUCUCUCCCAGUUCGAUUUUGAACAUCGUCUGAGUAUCUUUGUGCGGGAGGAGAUUCUAGUUUGGGCACAGAUGGCGAAGAGCGAUCCGCGAGGGCAGUUGCGCGAGCUCGUUCUGCGCAACGUCGACGUCGUGGUGCAGCGCGCCAAGGUUAUGUCUUGCAAGAUGGAACGCGAGAAGGUGCGCCUCUGUUCUGUGUCUGUGCGGUCCGAGCACAAGCGACCACUCGCUGCAUCUAUUGAUCCUCGCUGUCAUUGACCUUGUCAACCCCCUCUUUUCAUCUACAGCCGCCCUCGGCUUCGGUCCCCGUCAAUCAGUCGAUCCUCGAGCUCUUGUUGUCCGCGACGAGCGUCCAAAAUCUAUCCAAGAUGGAACCUACUGUAUGUUGUCAUUCUCCGCGACGAGGCUGUCAUCUCCACACCCGAGAGACCGUUGAUCGCUGAUCACGAGUUCUUGCAUGUUUUAACAGUUCGCCCCUUGGCUGUAGGCGGGUCACCGCCUCAGUCUUUCUUCUUUGUGAUCGUUUCUCUGUGUAGACUAUGUACCCUAAUUGUGUGAACAGAUGCCGUUUCCUCUCUUACGAGUCGCCAAUUCACUCUCGCGGCCUACUUUCCAGCUAGUCCAAUGCUCUCCAAUGCUGGCCGUCAGGAAGGCCGUCCCUGAUCCUGUCUCGUCCUGUCUCUUGCUGUCAGCAAGCUCUUCCUGUCAGAUCGAUCGAGAGCGCGCUCAUUCGGCCGGAGACCCUUUCUGCUCUACUCCGCUAUAUUCCGCUUGUCGGCGAAACGCGAUGGAUGCGCAACGGAUACGACCCUCGCUGCGUGAUUUGUCUUCUCCUGAUGCCGACCCAAACUCUGCGAAGUUCCCCUCAUUCGGCACCGCCGUCACAGUGACGCGCCGUCGACCUCCUCAAGUCGGCUCGUCCGCGAUGAGGACCAGCGCUCCUGGUGGGUUCCACUCGUGUGUGUGGCGAUGCGCAGAUGGUCGAACCAGUUCUGAAUCUGCUCUAUUUGCUCAGAUCAUUUCCCGAUUAUCUUCGACCGUGAGCCCACCCCAGAUUUGGCUGGACAGACUGCGCCGACUGCUCCAACGGCUCCGAAGGCAAAGCCCAAGUCUCGCUUCGCCCUGCACCGCGAGCGCGAACGCCGGGAAGAAGCCCUACGAGCCGCAGUGCACGGUCAGGUACAGGGCGAAGCCUCCAUACAUCACAACGCAACUGGUGCGUACAACCUUGUCGGUCAAGUCGUCGAGCGCGCAUCAUCAGAGCUUUCCGUCGAGCUGCCCAGGCUCGCCGCUGUACCCCACUUGCUCGGAGCUGGUGCUUCUCCAUCGCCAGCUGCGCUCCCGCUGGGCUUCCCCGUCUCCGUGCGACAUACACCAACUUCAUUGAAGGAACAAACCCAGGUGCUUCCGCAGUCGAAGCCGCAGUCUCAACCGCUUCCGUCCUCGUCUUCCACUGCCUGGACUUCGAAACUUCACUCGCCUGUGACGACGACGAGAGAGGUCGGUGACAUUCACAAUCCCAACUCUAUACCGGCGAUCCUCGCUUCGGUGUCGGACGAAAACGAUCGUCUACUGGCCGGCAUGUCCGACCAAGAGAUACUAGACCAGCAACGCGAGAUCAAGGAAUCAAUGGGCUUGUCGGAUGAGCUCCUCAAGAUAUUGGAAGCGCGCUCGCGGAGGAGCAAAGGUACAGCAACCUCCGUUUUGCCCCUGGUCGCCCCCAUCCAGCGAGACUAAACCCGACCUGCAGUUUUGCCUUCCAUGGAGUCAGAUUUACCGACCACCUCGACAGCGCAAGUCCAGGUCGGUGGGAAAGGGCUUCUACAAUCCGUGCAAACCGACCCAAAUGACGCUGAAGGCAGCCCCGAAUUCAUCCGCAAGCACUAUUUUCCGCAAGAGCCAGCUAGUGCGAACCUCGAUUGGAUGAAGCCGAAUCAAAUUUCUAACGCUAGAGUCGAUAGCGCAGGACACUACCGACAUUUGGCCUUCUCCCUUAACGGUGCCUUCAUUUCGUCUGACGAGGGCAUCGGCGCAGCACCGAAAGUGUCAGCGUUGCACCACGUCUCGUCCUCGUCGGCAUUCACGAUCACGACACUGAUGAGCCUCGCGUUAUCCUCUGUGCCAUCACAACGCUCAAGCGCGCUACAAACCCUUUUGAGGAUUUUGUCCUGUAACCCCAGUCAUGAGCCAAAGUUUGGGAAGGAAGCGUGGCUCCGACUGGAACUUGACAUUGCCCAAAGAGCCUGCCACGCCCUCCUCGACGCGACCGUGGGUGUUCGGAGCGUCGCACUCGAUCUUCUGUCCUUUCUUCUCGAAACGGAGUGCCGACGGCCGCGGGCAGAGUUUUCAUGGAUUCGGCCUCAAGGAUUGGAAGAAUCUUCUCUCCUUUCGACACUCCUCACUGCGUUGCCGUUUGCUGUGCUUGAGCAGGAGUUGCUGCACGCGCGACUACCCACAUCAGCAUCUCGCCAAGUCCUUCGGAUUCUCAAGUUGUUUAUUCAGCUUACUCUUGAUCGGAGUUCGGCCCCGUUCGUCGAGCUGGACGCCAUUGUUGAUACGCCGAACUUGCUUGAAGCGGUGACCAAGCACUUCAUCGCCAUCCCUUGGCCUAGACCUGCCGCUCAAGAUCCGACCGUCCUUGCCACGGCAGCCGAUGCGCUUGCAAUGCUCUCGGAUUUGGCGCGGUCUUCCAGGGCGCGCACAAAAUCUAUCGUAUCGCGUUAUCUCGCCGAGCCCGCUUUGCGCUUUUUGGGGGUUCCGCCGUGGGAGCUCGACAGCGCUUCCUCCCCUGCACGUCGGCUCACGUACGGACUGGUCAAUGCCACGUUCGACUUGUGGCAAACGCUCGCACAGUACGGACUGGGCACGAGUCUACGGACCACAGCAGCUAGUCUGCUCUCCAGCUUCUUGGACCGGACAGCCUUUCUCCUGGGGGACGCUAUGCCCAUCGAUGCAAGCGAAAUAAACAUGGUCGUCGCAUUGCUGCGAUUGCUCCGCAUUUGGACCAUCACUGCGAUCGAUCCUCACGUGUCCGAGCACGACAUCUUAUGGAGUCAUAUCGACGGCUGGGAGAACCUUGCCCUGCUUGCACAUCGAAGAGGCUUGCAAGACGCCUCGCCGGCUCUGAUAGCGGCAGCGUGGAACCUAUGGACGGUCUGGCUCGAGGGCAGCAAAGUGAACUCGGCGUGGAGAGGAGAACUGGCGCGCAACUGGAUCCAAGAGCACGUUGCUACCGACUUUGAGGAUGGGAAGAUCGCGAUUUUGGCCGUGAAGACUGCCUUCGACAGGAUCAAGUGCUUGGAUAUCACACGUAGCAUCGGGUUUGAUGCCGAGCUCGUCGUUGCCGCGGUGCGGUUCUCGACAACUUUUGAAGAGGACUCGAAUCCAUCAACACCGGCGCUCUUUUACCUCGAUGGAUCAUCGGUCAUCUCCUUCUUUGAUUCCGUGGUCCCGAAAAUGGCUGUCAUGCGCUCACCGGCGCCGGACGUGUCCCUCGUGCAACUGCUCAUACUCCUUCUUAGGCACAUACCGACAACUUCUAUUCGGUUCUCCCGCACCGUCGACACUCUACGAUUUCUCCGAGCUGGCGAUGAAGUCGCCGCAAGAGACCUACUGGAAUGGAUACUACGGGUUGUGCACCCCUUAGCCAACCAUAGCAUGCCGCCGUUGGCGUCACUGGACGCCGAUCUCGAAUUGAGCGCCCUGUCAAACGCCGCGGUCCUUCGGCCCUUCUUGAUGCACGCGCUCAUCGCCAGCAGCGGAGGUCGGGUCACUGGGCCUGACCAUCCGACGCCACGCGACAUCAGGUUGACGGCAUGCCUUCCUCCGUUCUGUCUCAAAGGCACUUUGCUUCACUCGGACUGGCCGCUUGUCGCGCUCGACGAGCUAUUGCGGUCCGGCACUUCCCCUGUGUUCCAGUCGCUCCCAAAGGACUGGAAUGCAUCGGAGUUGGACCUUGUUCGCACCAGUUUGGCGCUUAUGAGGCUUGUCGUCCAUGCUGGCGAGGUCUCAGCACGCAUACAACCAAGGAGGAUGAUUUACGAUCUCAUCAAAGUCUUCAUGCUUGAGAAGGAGAAUCCGAACACUCCUAGCACCCGGCAGUCUUACGACCCGGCGUCCACCGAUCUGUAUCGACAUCAAGGGAUCGACUUCUCACUUCGCAAUUUAUUAACCCUUUGGAGCGUCGCUGUAGGUCCGCAGCAGCUCAACAAGGCAGAUGCCCGAUCGAGCGAAGACACAUUAGAAGGACAUUCAGCGACGGUCAGCUCGGCGCCGUUUUACCGAACCUACUCAGACCUGCUUGGACUCUACGAUUCGAUCUCCUUGGGCCAUGAAGUGUUCACCUGGAUUCUUCUGCCGCCCCUAGCCAUGUCCUACCCGGUCGAAUACCGUCGUCUGCUCUGGAACGAUUACGCUCACUUAUUGCGACAGAUCAGGACCCGCGUUGAGGACGCAAUCUCGGACUGGGAUGAUCCCGAAGCUCGACUCUCGUGCUUUCUCGCACCGGCCGAAACGGAUCUGACCGUUCUCUGCGCGUACGCCAAGGCUCUCAGCCUGGGUGACGUUACCCAAGCGCAGACUCCCCUCUUGUACCUGAUUGGCGUCCACCACCUGGCAAAUGCGCUAUUCUCGGCGUCACUGGAUUCGACAACGAGGAGUAAACUCGCGGACACAGUUGUUGUAGGGGUUUCGGAUGAGGUCUUUAAGGCGCUUGCGAGGUAUGACCAGUCCAAAGAUGGAGCGGCGCUCAGGUGGGGCGCGACAGUUUGGCUGCAGGACGAUGAUGAUGAGGUGAAGAGGAAAUGGACCGCUCUUCGUGGUCUGGUAAGUCAGAGUAAUCGGUGUAGGUUGGAUAAGUCGAUCUCUGUGCAGCCCUAG